UGUCAGACGAAGUAGAAACGCAGGUACGAAGUUGUGGAAAGUAGCUCUAUUGUAAUCGUGAACACUGCUUUAUGUACGGAAUUUGAGGGCAAUGGAUGAGCGGGAAUUACCUUCAGACAGUGAUGAGAGUGAUGGAGAUUAUGUGCCCUCUGGAGCAGACAGUGAUCCACCAUCUGAAGAAGAAUCAGAAGGCAAUCAAGGUGAUGAAAAUUAUGAAGGACAGAGCGACACUGAAGAAUCUGCAGAGAGUGGAAAAAGAAAACAUAAAAAAUCUUGUGGCAAAAAGAAGAAAAAAGUGAAAAGUGGCAGAAAACAUAUUCAGAACUCAACAGUAAAGGAACCAGAGACUGAGGAGGAAAUUUCUGAAGAGCAGAAAGUUCUUACUGAAGAAGAGGAAAAGAAGAAAGCUGACUCUCUUUGGUCAGCUUUCUUGAAGGAUACAGGAGGCUCAGUAAACUGCUCAAAGCCAGCCAUGACCAAUGGAAACAAAAAAGAAGAAUCUCCUACAAUAAAAGAAUUACAGAAGAGUUUCCAGAAAGAGAACAAGGUUACCAUCACCAAGGUGUUUGAAUUUGCUGGUGAAGAAGUUAGAGUGACGAAAGAGGUAGCCGCAGACUCUGCUGAAGCCAGAUUAUCAACUAAGCCAACAUCAGCUUCUGCAGUUAAUCAAGGAGCAGGUGGAGGAAGGGGUGGCCGUAGUGGCUUGAAAGGGUUGUCAUCAGUUCUUGGUCAGCUAGGGAAAAAGUCAAAGUUGGGAACUCUGGAGAAAUCAAAAUUGGAUUGGGAUCGUUACAAAAAAGAUGAAGGAAUAGAAGAAGAACUUCAGAAGCACAACAAGGGGAAGGCUGGAUAUUUGGAGAGGCAAGACUUCUUGCAGAGGACAGACCUGCGACAGUUUCAGAUUGAGAAAGAUCUGCGAACCUCUCGGAGGAGUAAUAGAUGAAUUGCCUCUGUUGUAGUGCAGUUUGAUAUGGUGUGGUCAAAGGAGGAACAGAUGCUUCUGGUGGACUAUUAAAUUGCAUCAUUCAAAAUGACUAGUGAUUGAUUAGAUGCAUUUUUGAAACCAUGAAAGUAUUAAAAAGAAAUAUUGAAACAUCUAACUUAAAAUAUUAACUUAACUUGAUGUAUGUAAUGGAAGAAUAUAGGACAAUUGAUAAUUGAAUGCACAAAUGUAGUAAAGUAAUGGAAUUAUGUGUCUGUAUGUAUGUUAUCAGUUUCAGUUAAACUGAUGUAUUCAUGUUACAUAAAGAAUAUGGAAAGUGUGAUAAGCAUGGUAAUCACCAAUGCUUGGAUUCCAUAUGAGGGCAAUUCAAUAAAACAAUUACACUUGCUGUUCAAACUAAUGGAAACCUGGCUCUUUAACAUAGGGUGGACAAAUCUAAUAAUAUUUUAGGAGAUAACCAAAAGUACUUAGUGGCCAAGCAGAUCUGUUAACCAUUCGAAAAUGAAGUCUUGGGAUAGUCAGCCACGCUGAUACCAAGUAGAAUUCUGACAUUUUGGAGAUUUCCUUGUUUCAGAAAUGUUUCACUUGUGUUCUGUAUCAGCUUAGCUGAUCACUUGAAAAGACGCUUGUUAGAAUUUAUAUGCAACCAUUCAUCACCAUCAUUUUUUGGUCUCUGUUCAUGGUGAAGCCUUAAAUUUGUUCUUAAAAUUUAAUUUUGUAUGUAUUGCUUUCAUAAUUAUCCGAAAACCUAAAAGGAGGAGAGCAGGGAGGAUGAUAUUAAAAUGGAUCUUCAGGAAAUUGUAUGUGAAGGUGCAGACUGCUUUUUAAUUGGCUCAGGAUAGGGUCCAUCAACAGGCUCUUGUGAGAACAGUAAUGGGCUUUGGGAUCUAUAAAAAAUGGGAAAUUUCUUAAGCAGUUGAAUGACUAUCAACUUCCCAAUUUGGAUUUUUGCUCUAUGGAUCUUCUGUGUCUGCUAAUAAUCAAAUUUGAUGAUCUUAAAAAAAAUUAUUCCAUUGUGUCACGUGCAGUUAUGGGCACCAGCAUUAAAUUUUUACUCACACAGGUAUACUGUCCCCAGAAAUUUCCUAGCCCUGUUCUAAGGAUACUGGACUCCCAUAUCAGAGGUAUCAUGUUUGAGACUGGCCAGAUCCAUUGCAGAUGUAUCCUCAUUCUUUAUCUCUGACAGAGGCAAAGUUUGUGAAUGCAGGGUAUACCAGGUCCCAACCAUGGUUCAGAAUCCUGCCCUAAGGACCUUUCUACUACAGAAACUGACUGUUGACUCUUGCCAGACAGGCAAGUACCAGGAGGAUGAAAACCACUGUUUGGAGGUGGAAAGCAAUAUGUGUAUGUUACAUCACCUCAGAUCAACAACUAAUUUUGAGUGAUCCUACUUCCUACAUUUUGUAUUAUGUGACGCACGUUUCCCCUCUCUUAACAUAAACCACUUUUUAGGAAUGUUAAGUGAGAAACUGUGGAUCUGAAUGACUCAAAAAGCUGAAAUAUUAACUGCAGGAAUAAAAUGUUCUAAAUGAAGAACAGGUAUUUUCAUUGUAAUCUACAGUAGAAUAGUUUGCGUAUCGGGUUUCAAUGUUUCUGCUGUCACGGUUAUUGUCCUCUCAUAUGCUUCACUUAUUGCUGGUUAGCGAUACUUCUAGUCGACAUUAUGCCUAAACUUAACUAAAAACAACGUAACAGGAGCGAUAUUUCUAAGUCUAUUCACUGGACGGAAAACUGGCAACACCAAGCUGUGAAUGGAGCAGGUCAAGAUUAUGCUAUUGUCACAUUAUGAAGGAGAAAACCUCUCUUUUCUGAUAAUGGGUGUGUUUAAGUGACCUGCUCGGGCCAAUUACUGAACCCAAAAUGAGUAUCACAGAAGAGAAGGGACUGAUGACACUGUCACAUUUCCAAAUUCACUAGUAGCAUAUGUAAGUGUAGUGUCUGUUGAACACAGCUCACCUGCCCUCCACCUAUGCAUGCAUAUUGGAAAAUAUUAAUUUGAUUUUCAGACAUAGGUGCAGUCUCUUAUGUCUUUGAAACUUAUUUGUAUUUCAACAUAAGUUCCUUCAUUUUAAUUUCUGGAAACAAAUAUUCAUCACUGUUUAAUGAAUGAGUCCAACUGUAACUGUACAUCUUGCAUAUUCCUAGUGUUAGACAUUUAGGAAAGCUUUCGUUAGCCUAAUUAAUACCUAAAUUUAUCUGUAAUUAAAAGUUAAUGCACAGAAGGCAUACAAAUCAUAUUCCAAAGUACAGGUUCUUCAUGAAUGAAUGCUGAUAUUUCAAAUGUAAACGUCCAUUUAAAGUGGGAACAACAAAACAAUGUACAAUUCUUUUUAUUUUAGAUGUAUUAUUUUGAUAAGAAUUAUGUCAGUUGGUGUACAUCCAGUGUAGUCUUCAAUUCAUAGCCCUUAAAAGAAAUCUAAUGUAUUUGGCAUCAGUUGGAGGGGGGGGAAAAUGGACCUGCUCUCUCCUUCCAGAUAUCUGGAGACCAUGUGUUCAGUGACUGCCACACGGUGUUGACUGUCUUUCAGCAAAGAAAAUUGACCUGUCUUCUGUGCCUGUCAUUGCACCUUACACAUUCAACUUAGGACAGUGGUUCUUAACCGAUGGGUUGUAACCCCUCCCAAAUGUUUUCAUAAAAUAAAAAUAUCUGUACUUUUUCUUUGACUCUAGGUGUUAGAAGAGUGUAAAAAGUUUGAGAGAAUGUGUGAUCAUAUUGUAUUUCUUAGGUGGACUAGAAUCUGACACUUGUACUGUUUACAUUUCCUGAUGAUGGAAUGUGAAUGUGUGUGGCAUGUUAAAGGGUAUGAUAAGGUAACUUUAAAUGGAAAAAUGUACAUAUCAGCUUUUGUGAAAACUGAUGAGGUGGUUCAAAAGUUGAAAGGAGUGAUCUCAUAAGCCUACUUCCAUUCUUUAACACAUUGUGAUUGCCAAGCUUCACUAGAUGGUUUCUUUGGUGUAAAUACAUUUGCACAGAAAAGCCCACAACACUUUGUCAGAUGACUUCAAAUGACCACAGAUACAGAUCAUGAAAGUCUUUUUUUUUUUUCUGAAUUUAUUUUUAUUGGGUAAAAAAACUAGGAUACAAAAGUGGCCUAGGCAAUGCCCAUCCGGCCUUCUGUAGCACAUUCUAAAAACUUCUCUUUCUGUAGUAGCGGUGGGCCCGCGGUUAAUUCACAUCUUAGCCUAAAUUUGAGAAUGUUAUGAGUGGUCCGUGCCAUUUCCUCUUGUUCUUUCCUUACGUAUCCGUUUUAAAUAUAUAUGGGAAUGUUGUUUAUGAAGUAGCAGACGCCUUGCAGAAAUCUCUUUUCUUCUAGCCUCAAGAGCUCUGUGACUGAUUUUGGGUAGUUCUUUUUACUGUUCUCGGAGAGGAUGCCCAUCAUUAUUGCCCUUUGGUCGUCACACUGUUUGCAAUCCCAGAAAAUAUGUUCCUCCGUUUGCAACCCGUCACCACAUUCACAUUCGGCCGUGGGCACAAUGUUAAAUCUGUUUAGACUUACUUUAAGACUGGUAUGUCCUGCUCGCAUACGGUUUAUUGACACGAAGGCACGGCGGUUCAUUUUUAUCUGACUAAACCACGGAGUAGAGCCUUUCCUAUAGUACCUUUCAAAGUAGCGUUCUCCCCUUUCUUGUUUGGUGUUUUGACAAAAGCUGUGGAGUUCUUCUUUCCCUUUCAUUUUCCACUCGGUUUUAAGAUCAGCCACGGGUAGUAGUAGUUGGCUAUCUCUGCCUUCUUUAAUUGCUAGCUUUGCCUGCGAGUCGACCUUUUUUUUUCUGAACAUCAGUAUGUCACAUUUGGUGCCAUCUUUUGACAAAAAUACUGUACUAAUUGAUUAACAUUGCACUGGCAGUUUUAGCACAAUACCAUGAUCCAAUCUAAUUAGCACAUGGUAUGCAAAGAGUUAAAAAAAAGGAAAGUUGACUAAAAAUACUAUGUUAGUUGUAAGUAGGGUUGCCAGAUUUUGUAAAAUAAAAAAAGGAAUGAUGUCUCGUUGCCUGUUUAUAAUGACAUUUUUCACAACUAAUAGGCUAUAAAAUAUACAUAAUCAACAUACUACAUAAUUUACAAAAUGCUACUGAACAUCUGUAUUACAUAGGCCUACUACACAUUUAUAGAACAAAACAAAUAUUACAUAGCCCUAUUACAUAUUUAUAGAAUGCACAAAAUAUUACCUAGCACAUAUUUGUAGAACACACAAAUAUUAAAUACUACAUAUUUAUAACUUUCAAAGGCUGGUUGAUCAGAUUCUGUUAAUUGUAUUUCACUGAACUCUUAGCACUUUUUAAUAAUUGAACAUCACCCUUUUAAAAUUUAUAAAAUUCUGAACAGGACUUGCUUUCAUAGUUCACUGUCAUCUGGAGUUCUGCCUUGAUUAAAUCUGUUGAGCAUCUGUUUCUUGUGUCACUCCACUUACUUUUCAUGAAUGAAAUGAUUUGCUCCACAAAAGCAUUUGAGCCAGGGAUGCUAAACAAAAAUCCUACCACUUUGGAAAUAUUUGGUACAUCAUGCUCAGGUACUGAAGAAA